AGCAAGUUUCAAUUCCUCAUCCCCUUCAUCCUUUGAGUACAAUAUUUUGCUUCCUCUUUCACCUUCAUGGCUACUGCUCAAAAUGAUUCAAGUGUUCCUAUUCCAGAAAACCAAUCUCACCCAAAACAAUGCCAAUUGGCAGCAGAGGAAGGCUUUGAUUACUCUCAAAGGGGACAGUGGCUCCGUGCAGCAAUCUUGGGAGCAAAUGAUGGUUUGGUUUCUGUUGCAUCUCUGAUGAUGGGUGUUGGAGCUGUGAACCAUGAUGCCAAAGCCAUGAUUAUUUCGGGGUUUGCCGGACUAGUUGCAGGUGCAUGCAGUAUGGCAAUAGGAGAGUUUGUUUCAGUAUAUUCUCAAUUAGAUGUAGAAGUGGCUCAAAUGAAGAGAGAGGGUAGAACCAUAGAAAAUCCUGAAGAAAAAAAGAAAGAACAGCUGCCAAAUCCUACGCAGGCAGCUGUAGCAUCAGCUCUUGCAUUUUCUCUAGGUGCGAUUGUUCCGUUACUUGCUGCUUCCUUCAUAGGUGACCAUAAGGUGAGGUUGGGAGUGGUAGUAGGGGCUGUGAGCUUAGCACUUGUGCUUUUCGGAUGGAUUGGCUCUAUUCUUGGGGGCACUCCAGUAGUGAAGUCUUGUUUUAGGGUUCUCUUUGGAGGCUUGAUGGCUAUGGCCAUCACUUUCGGACUUACCAAGCUGAUUGGCUCUAGUGGACGACUUUAACUUGUAAUCGAAUCAUUUUCAUGUGUAUGAAAUAAAACGCAUGCCUUAUUUUUAUGUCAAAAAUUAAUGUACCAUAGGCCAUUGUUUGGGAUUUGAAUUCGUUGAAUGCUAAACAUGUAAUGUGUCUGUUUAGUCACAGAGAAGUAAGCAUCUUCUGCAUUCAAAACUAGAG